GUCAUGCCUGUGCGUGCUUGCGUCGAACUCUUCGCUCCCUUUUCCUCGGGGCUUGGGGAGUGUCGUCUGGGCCCUUACGGUUGCUGUGUCCCUUAUUAGACGUUCGGACCCCUAGGGUUCCGGCUUGCGGCGUCCGGGUCCAAGAUGGACAAAGUCUGUGCGGUUUUUGGAGGCUCCCGGGGGAUCGGCAGGGCGGUAGCCCAGCUGAUGGCCCAGAAGGGUUACCGUCUGGCGAUCGUGUCCAGAAACCUGGAAAUGGCCAGAGCCGCCGCCGGCGAGCUCGGCGGAGAUCACUUGGCAUUUAGCUGUGAUGUUUCUAAAGAACAGGAUAUUCAAAAUACAUUUGAAGAGAUGGAGAAACGUUUAGGUCCAGUACAUUUCUUGGUAAAUGCAGCUGGUAUUAACAGAGACAGUCUUUUAAUAAGAGCCAAAACUGAAGACAUGGUAUCUCAGCUUCACACUAACCUCCUGGGCUCCAUGCUGACAUGCAAAGCAGCCAUGAAGAUGAUGAUUCAGCAGGGUGGCUCCAUUGUUAACGUAGGGAGUAUUAUUGGUUUAAAAGGCAACGUAGGCCAGUCCGUGUACAGCGCCAGCAAAGGGGGGUUAGUUGGAUUUUCACGUGCACUUGCUAAAGAGGUUGCAAGGAAGAAAGUAAGAGUGAAUGUGGUCGCACCAGCAGUGAAGACAGACACACAGAGAAGAAAGGAAGCACAGAAGAAGGUACAGUGGGAGACUGGACAGAAAAGAAAGGUGGAGAGCUUAACCUUUUGGCCAUCCAGAGGACUCCCUACAGAAGCAUGAAGAGACCCAAUGUCCUGUAACGGCAGAAAAAAAGAAGUGAAAGCUGGCAACAGGAACGAUCAGAUGCAGCAAGCUGUCUAUUUCCUUUGAGCGAAAUGUUUGUGGCAGCAGUGUUUAGCACGAUGGAAUGUCUAUACUAUGAAAGGACAGACUACCUCAAAAGACAGAAGGAAGCGUUCACUUGAUCCUUUAGACUUGCUUUAAAAUUUUUUGGUUUUGUUUCAGCUUGACAUUUUAUCUAGAAACUCUGAUCAGAAGUAAUAGAGAUUGUAAAGCAGCUUAUAUCAGAUCUACACAAUGAUCUUUUUUGGCAGUAUCAGGGGAUAAAAAUAGCACCUGAGGUCUUUUGUUGAUUAGUGUUUUAUGGUUAGAUAUACAAAAGAAGACAGAGAUGGUCUUUUCUGAGCAUGGGGUACUACUUUGCCUGACAGUAAGGAUAUUAUGGGGGAUAUGUAUUAGCUUACUUCAAAUAUCAUGAGUGAAAAUGUGGUUUGCUAUACAAAACUGUUUUGCAUUAAAGCACAGGGCAGUUUGAGAAAGAUAAGAUACUGGAAAGGAAAAUAAACUAAUCAAUACUUGCGAUCACUCAUGGAGGCAAUUCUAUUAAUCACAAUAUAGUGUCAGGUAGAUGGUAUCUGCUCAAUAAAUACUACCUGUGAGGUCCGUGGAUGUCAUCAAUACUGCUCUUCUGCCACUUGCCCUCUACUUUUCACAAAAUUGAUUCCAAGAACAGUCCAUAAAGAGUAUGGGGAGAGUGGAUAGAAUAACGAUUGUUCCCCGAGAGGUUCAGA